AAUCCUAACCAAAUUGAAAGUUGGCUGAUUGACUGCAGCUCUCCAAAUGGAACCUCUGUGGAUGAUCUGAGUGCUUCACCAGGAAAAGGAACACUCAGGAAUGGCUGCAGCUUUGAAGAUGACCUUUCACUAGGAGCUGAAGCCAAUCAUCUUCAGUCCGCCAGUAACAAAACUGGACCUCUUUUUGGUCUCAUGGCGGAUCAGAAAAGGAAUCAGUAUAAAGAGAGGGGCAGAAGUAUGAACUCAACAGGAUCGGGGAAGAGCAGCACUGUCUCCAGUGUUUCAGAGUUACUGGACCUGUAUGAGGAGGACCCCGAGGAAAUUCUUUUAAAUCUGGGUUUUGGUAGAGAAGAGCCUGAUAUGGCUGCAAAGAUUCCCUCCCGUUUCUUCAACAGCACCUCCUCAGCAAGAGGCAUUGACAUCAAGGUUUACCUGGGAGCUCAGCUGCAGCGCAUGGAACUGGAAAACCCCAACUAUGCUCUUACAAUUGAACUGCUCCGUUAG